CACAGCAUCUGCACACUCCGCCUCCCGCCUCUUGCAGCCUAACCCCACCUCUCGAGUCUCGACACCCUCGAAUCAGCGUCCAUGGCACCCAAGGCGGAGAAGAAGCCGGUGGCCACGGAGAAGGCUCCAGCGGGGAAGAAGCCCAAGGCAGAGAAGCGGCCGCCGGCGUCCAAGGAGGGCGGCGAGAAGAAGGGCAAGAAGAAGUCCAAGAAGAGCGUGGAGACGUACAAGAUCUACAUCUUCAAGGUGCUCAAGCAGGUGCACCCGGACAUCGGCAUCUCCUCCAAGGCCAUGUCCAUCAUGAACUCCUUCAUCAACGACAUCUUCGAGAAGCUCGCCGGCGAGUCCGCCAAGCUCGCCCGCUACAACAAGAAGCCCACCAUCACCUCCCGGGAGAUCCAGACCUCCGUCCGCCUCGUCCUCCCCGGCGAGCUCGCCAAGCACGCCGUCUCCGAGGGCACCAAGGCCGUCACCAAGUUCACCUCAGCCUAGGCUUCAUCGGACGAAUGGAUGGUCGCAUUCUGUAUGUAGUUAGCUGCCAGUUUGUGUUCUGAAGAUGUUAUCUCGUGAGAAUCAAAUUGUAUCGCCUGUCGGUCUGAAGAAAUAGUAAUGUUCCUUUCAGUGUAA